AAAUUAGCUCCAACUCCUUCAGUUCUGGAAAAUAUGUCACUGUAUGCUUUUUUUCUGCACUUUAUAAUGGGAAGGCAGAGACCUACAACUGACACGAUGGAUGAGUGACGUAAAUGACCUCCUGAGGGUACCAUAGGCUCUUAGCUGUGUCCAUAAUGUGUGAUCAAGUAGAACCAGUUGGAGAAGGAGAGAUAAGAAAUAACAACCAACAGGGUGCCGGUGAUGCAAACGCCAACAGUGUUCAGACAGAGGAUGGUGGGAGAACUGGACAUACUGGCUCACAAUUGGGUAUUAUGUCUGAGAGAGCAGAGCAAGACAAAGUCAUCAUCUGGGGAACAGACUCUCAGUGUGAUGACCCUGAGCUGGCUGAGUUUGAGAUGUUGGAGUGUCAGGAGCUGGAGGCUUAUCUGGUGGAGGAUGAGGAAGAUUUUGUAGGGCUUGCAGAGAAGAGCAAGUGUCAAGAAGAGCCCUCAUCAACCAGUAAAGCCACAGAAAUGCAGGCAGAAGAAACUAAUAAAAAAGGAGCAGAGUCUGUUGUGGAUGUUGCCUGUGACCAGGAAUCAUCUGUGUCUCAUGUCUCUGAUACUGAAGUCUUUGUGAGCUGUCUGUCCACCACUGCUGCUCUGACCACAGACUCCUGGCACAUUGCCCCUGGUUCCCAUGUUACCCUUUCAGAGGAUCUAACCGUGGCCUCCCAAAUUUGCAGCACUGUCUCUGAGCAAGACAAAACCGUUCAAAAAGCCAAUCCUUCCUUCCCAGCUAGAAAAAACUCAACGCAAGAUUUAGACAUGAAUUUAAAUGCAGCACUUUGUUCAGAGAUUAUUACACCACAACAAGAGCAGCAGGGUGUUUUGAGCAAGGAUGCAAGCAAUGGACAGGAACAAGAUAAUGAGGCAGGAAAAUCCAUUUCAAGAAAAGAUAGUGAUGAUACCGACACCAAGGUUUUGUUCUGCAAAGAAAGCAACAAUACAAUGGAUAAAAGCACACAAGCCAGCGAAAUGCCUGAGUGGAUAAAACCACUUAAAAGUAGUGCAAAUAGGACUGAGCCAUCAUUUGAACACAAAGCAAUAAGAAAACAAGGCUCAUUUGAUAGCAGUCCAAAGAAACAAAACUCUUUUGACAGGAAUUUUAGAAAGCAGCCGUCCUUUGAGAAUUCUUUUAAGAAGCAGCUUUCUUUUGAGAACAGCCUGAAAAGGCAGGGCUCCUUCGAGAACAGCACAAACGUCUCAUCUCAGGAGCGUAGGAAAACCUGGGGGAGCCCUGGUCGAUCAGCAACAACAACAUCCCCCAAAACUUCACCCAAGAGACAGCCGCCUGGUUCUCCCGCUAAAGCCCAGGGCACAAGGGCUUUGAGUUUGGAAAGAAAUGCCGCUUUUCAAAAAAAUGCCAAUCUAAUAAUCAGACCUCCCAAUAAGACAAACAUAAGCAGUGGAAUUCCCAAACCGAUUGCCCCCCAACAAAAAGAAACUGAGGUCAGGAUUUCCUCACUACAACAGAGGCCGAAAAAUGUGAGACCGAAAAUCAUUACGUACGUUCGAAAAAACACACCAGUAAAACCACAAGACAACGACACCCAGGCUGAAGAUUCGACGAAGCCACUGCAACAAUCGACCUCUACACUUACCCAGAGGGAUUCAAAGGGUGUUCCUCAGUCCAGAUCCACUCCGGUGCUCAGCUCCUCCAAUGUGCUGUUCGACAAAUAUCGACAGGAGUUGCAGAAGGCAGGGUGCUAUCCACAGACUGGCAUAAAACUGUCCAGUGCCACUGCCCCUCAGAGGGUUAGUGGGAAGUCAGAGAGCUUUCAUGAAGAGAUGUCAAAGAAAUACCUCCAAGAGAACCCUUAUCAAGAUGGCGGAAGCAUCUAUCGUUCACCCAGAACUGUUAGGCCUCAACUGGGUUUAGGGGCGGUUACCAGGCAACCUGCAGCCAGGACAAGAGUGGAGCAGAUGGGUCAAAGGUCAGCUUCAUCUUCAUGCCACGCAGCCAGAGUGUCAUCGCCAGGUGUCCAGAAUCAGGCAGAGACCACACCUAAAAGUCUCCAGCUGAAGUCGGGCCAGUCCGGUCUCCGUCCUCCAGGCUUUUCCAGCCUCCCACCUGCAAGACUAGCUGCUUUAGGUGUGAUACGGACGUCCAGCGUCUCGUCUGUGUCCAGCAGCCAUUCCAAUGACAGCUCUCACAGCGAUCCUGGUCAACCCUCUAACUUUCCCAGUGCUGGCAGUGAUGAAACACUUCCACAUAAAUCCGUCACACUUCUUAGUGGAUCUUCCCAUCCUCAGGGUCUGGUGAAGACCCCCAACACCUUGUUUGCUGGCAGUGAUGAAACACUUCCACAUAAAUCUGUCACACUUCUUAGUGGAUCUUCCCAUCCUCAGGGUCUGGUGAAGACCCCCAACACCAUGAGCAUGCAACGUCGUAACGUGUCACCGCAGCACAGCUCCCACUCUGUGUCGAGGACAGAGCUGCAUAAGGACACUGAAGCUGGACUCUCGCCGAGAUCUUCCCCUAAAAGGUGUGCUGUGGUUCCACCAAAGCCACAGUCCCCAGCUCGCAGUCGAGCGGCAGCGGUUCAUGGUUCUCCUCGGACAGGAAGGCCACAGGAGCUGGACCGGGCUCUGAUCAAGCAGCUGCAGGAGCGAUGUGAGCAGCAGGCCCUGCAGCUACAGACCCUUCAGGCUCAGUUGAAGAAGGCCUCCUUGUGUCUAGAUGCUUUCAGUAUCGCCACUCUGCACUUUUGCAACAAGAAUGAGAGCGCCAUAGUAAAAGAGAGGGAACUAUCCCUUGAGCUCGCCAGAAUCAGGGAUGAAGUGGCUGUUAGUGUUGCGCACUGGGAGCAGCUGCAGCAGGAGAAGGGGGACCAGGAGCGUCGCUUUGAGGCAGAGCUGCAGGGACUGCGGGCUCAGCAGCAGAGAGAUCUGGGAGCGCUGGAGGAGAGGCUGAAGGCUCAGCACAUUGAAAAAACAGAAAGCCUGCAGGCCCAUCAAAGAGCUGAGCUUGAGGAGCUACGCUCCAGACAUCAAGAGCAGCUUGAGGAGAUGACUGACAACCAUGAGGCCUCCUUGAUGGAGAUGGAGACCACCCAUAAUAACACACUGGACACUCUACAGGAGGAGCAUGCAAGAACAGUAAAGAAUCUGAAGAUGGCUCAUGAACAGCAGAAGAAGUCUCUAGAGGAAGAAUUUGAGAAGAUCAGACUUUCACUCCAGGACCAGGUAGACACUCUGACAUUUCAGAAUCGCAGCCUCAGAGAUCGAGCAAAGAGGUUUGAAGAAGCUCUGCGUAGGAGCACAGAUGAGCAAAUAGUUGAUGCUUUGGCUCCAUAUAAACAUAUUGAGGAGGACCUGAAGAGUCUAAAAGAAGUUCUAGAGAUGAAAAAUCAACAAAUUCAUCAACAAGAGCUGAAGAUCUCAGAACUGGAGAAAAUAGCUGAAAAGAAUGUGUACCUGGAGGAGAAACUACAAGUGUUGCAGCAGCAGAAUGAAGACCUGAGGGAGCAGAUACACAAGAAUCUAGCCGUGUCCAGACAACUCUCUGAAGAGAAUGCCAACCUGCAGGUGCAUGUGGAGAUGGAAAGCAAAGAGAAGAAGCGUUUGAGUCGCACCAACGAGGAACUGCUGUGGCGUCUGCAGACAGGCGAGCUGAGUCCACACAUGACCCCCAGCUCCUCCCCCAUCCACCGGCCAGCCUCUGGACCAGGCUCACCGGCCCGUCCACACUCCUACCAUCAGUGACUGUUUGUACCAAACACAUUAUUUUAUUUAACUCUGAAAAAAGUUCCUCUGUUUUAAAGGAAUGCUAUACAAUUGGUUAUAUGUUGUUUGUUGGGAAAAUGUCAUUCUUCCCCAUGAAUUAUUAACAGUCCACUGAAUGUUUUUUUUUCAUUGACCUCAUGAAUUGUACUGAUGAGCAAAUCCUUAUCAUCUUUUUUUUCCAGCUGAUGAAAGUUCAGAGCAGUGCCUCAUUAACAUAGUUAUACCUUCAUCUACAUUUUUACCUUUCCUUUCCAGCUCUCAGGUUGAUGGAUAAACAAGACAGUGUAAGCCCUCGAAGCUCAAUGACAAAAUCAAAAAGCGCCUUUUGUCAUCCAUUUCCUCCCACCAGCAAGCUCCACCUGGGGCUCAGCAGUAUUAUGAGAAAAAUCUACCUACACCUCUCAUACUACAGAUCAACAUUUGUACGUUGAAGCAUCUCAUGCCCCAUGCGUAUGGAUCAUAACAAGCCAUCUAACCUUUAAACAAAUGAAACCACUUAACUGCCAACGCCAUGUAAGUAUAUUAUCAGUUAUUACACGUGUAGACUGUAGAUGUAUGACUAGCUUUACAGCAUGAGUUAUCUUCCAGUUAGAGAUGAUUUAAUGUGUGAAAAUUGAUGAGUCGAAAAGAAAAGCAGCACAUGAUAUAGCUGGGAAACACAAACCAUCACCUUCAGCUGAAUGGAAGAAAAAAUGGUUCAAAACCACCAAAGAUGAAAUCAUUAAACUGUUACACACUUCAUCGGAUAAAGGUUUGGAGUUUAAUGCAGCCCACUCAGGCUUUAGACAGAACUAAAUACGCAUUUCUUUCAAAGUUCGAAGAAAUGGUUAUAUAAAUGUUUAUUAAUGUUUUAAACUUUUUUUACAUGUGGAUUUUAUUUAUAUAGAAACUGCUGAAAAAUGAAACCGGCAGGUGUUCAGCUUUUUUGAGAAGAAAA